AUGGGCUUACAAAUAGCUGUGGAGAUGAAGAUAUCAAGCUUAGAAGUAUAUGGUAAUUCCAUGUUAGUAAUCAACCAAUUGUUGACCCACGACGAAGUUAGGAUGGAUGAUCUAAUUCCGUACCACCAAAUGGCCGCGCAAUUACUAGAAAGGUUUGACUUUGUGACACUGGAGCAUGUGCCAAGAAAAGACAACCAAAUGGCAUAUGCCUUAGCCAACCUUGCCGCUACAUUGGCGUUGACAAAAGAUGAAGCGGUGAAUUUUCCAGUUUGUCAACGUUGGGUCAUUCCAUUAACACUUGGGGCAUUGCAAGAAGGAGUCAACGUUAUCUCGGUAUUGUCCAUUGACGUUGACGACUGGAGGCAACCUUUAAUUGAUUACCUUGAGCAUGGAAAACUGCCAAAUGAUUCAAGACAUCGAUCAGAGGUACGACGUCGGGCACCUCGAUUCAUUUAUUAUAAAGAGAUUCUAUACCGUCGUUCAUUCGAAGGCCUAUUUCUAAGAUGCUUAGGCGAAGAAGAUGCAUCUAAAGCAAUGGAGGAGGCUCACUCAGGUAUUUGCGGAGCUCAUCAAUUAGGGCCAAAGCUACAUUUCCAAAUAAAAAGGAUGGGCUACUAUUGA